AUGUCACGCUUUCAGUGGAAACUCUUCAGCGACUGUUACUUUCAGGAUAAGACCACACUCCUUGGCCUGGCUUAUCUGAGCUACCAGUGGCCUGGGGUGAUACGGGGCAAUUCCAGGGGCCAUGCCACGGACACAGGCCGGGGGUCUGGCCCACGCAACACCAGUGAUGAGGGCACAUACCUGCAGGUGCUGUUCCAGGAACUCCGCCAGCUCCAGGCCAAGCAGAGGAAACUGAAGAGAGAGGUGGAGAAGCACAAGCUUUUUGAAGACUAUCUGAUUAAGGUCCUUGAGAACGUUCCCAGGGGGCCAGCUGAAGGGGAGGAGCCAGAGGAGACCCGGCGGGCCCUAGUGGAGCACUACGGGAAGCUCUUCACAGUCAGCCAGGACGUCCAGAAGCAUCUGGAGGCCUUCUCUAAGAUGAACCAGGCCGUUCAACAGAGCCUGGAAUCUCUAGAGGAGAGCCAUACAGCUCUUGUCCCGAACCUCAUGACCCAGUUGUGUCAGCUGCAGAAGAGGUGUCACCGCAGGCAAGAGCAGUUGUGGCAGUUGGGACAUGACGUGACCUAUGAGAAAGACACAGGAAGCUAUGCUGUGAAAAGCAAGGCUGCCGCAGCUGACGACAGCCCUGGAGGCCUGAAGUCCAGCACUGUGGCCCUGCCCCGAGGGAGGCGCUGGGUUCCUCCGUCCCCUUCCCAGCCCUGCCCCGGGUGUGGAGCACAGGACCAGCUGCUCAGCUACGUCCAAAAGGCCAUCGACAACAUGGCUUAGCAGUGCUGCUCCUCAGCCUACACUCCGCCCAAGACCACGCGCCUCUUCUCCAAGCUCCACCUGGUUCAGGAAUUUAGGUUGGACAAAAUGGAGACUGUGAAAUUGAUCACACUGCGUGUGCUGGCCGGACGAUGCCUCAAGGACCAGAAAUUCAGAAGGUACCCCAGACCUUUCAGGAAAUGUCCAAGAAUCAAGAUUUCACCCCCCAGGACCCCCUUUCCCAGCACCCAGACUUCAGCGUGCUCCAGCCUGUACUGA